GUGUAUGAGUUUACUAAGAUGGUGGCUGAUGAUGGAGGUCAAUUGAAGGUCACUGAAGAUGGCUCGACGCUGGCUUGUUUUGGAUUGGACGAGACUGGUAAAGAACAAAGACUAUUGUUUUUGGAUGCCGAUGAGGGCGAGUUCAUUCACGAGUUGGCAGUUUCACAGACUGCCAAUAUGUUCGCAGUAAAUGGCGGGUUCACAUUCGCGGCUGUCUGUGACCCGGAAGGGAAAUCAGGACCAACGAUACAGCUGUGGGACGUGGUACAGCAGAUGGUGGUGGCAGAAUACCUACCAUAUUACAACGCCGAUAUAACAUCUAUCUCCAUGACAACCGAUGCAAGAUACUUGCUGAGCGCGGCAAAGGACGUGGUGCACGUGUGUGAGAUAUUCCUGGACGAUGACACAAAUGGAAGAAAACAAAAAUUGCCGAAGAUAUCUAUUCGAAGACAGUGGACGGCAGAUACGACUAACGCCACAACAAGACAUAAAAUACCCAUUACCAAAAACCAACUCAAAUGUCCAGGUUCAUCGCAACAGCUCCCGGGUGACAUCUGCGAUGUUGGCUUGUUCUUUACUCCAACCAAGUCCAAUAUAACUACAGUGUGUACGAGGCCAACCAUUCAGCACAACCCGUCGUUACGCAUCGUUGUUGGGGACGAGGGGGGAAAUGGACACGCCCUUGAACUUGUGCAAUAGUCUCCAGUACGUGGUCAGUUUCGUCAUGUGUAUGUCAGAGGACAUGGACAAGCCGGCUCAAUCAGUAUGCUUCUUUAGCAAAUUGUAAUACAAUGUACAUAUUUGUACAAAUACGAUAAUUCAGCAAAGAUUUGCUCAUACAUGUUGUAAUCUCCUGUUUCAUCAUGUCUGGCUAUAUCCAAGUAAUUCAAUUUUAAUUAUACAUCUAUACCCCCCCCUGUGUCACCUGAUACUACAAUCAAUUAUCUGAUAUUUCAGCAUGUCACAUUUGCAUAAUUAUUACUACACGCAAAUGGACCAUCGCAUGUCGAGUGAAUAAAAUGCUCCCAUAAACUAAGACCUCUGCUUAUGGUAUGACCUAUUAUUUGGGUCCAUGAUGCGGCAAUAGACAAUUUGUACUUACUUACUUUAACUUUUGAUCGUUGAGGGCAUAGUAUAACAGCAAGAAGUUCUCAACUAUGAUCUUAAGAAAAUUGGUACAUGUCGCCGGGACUAUCACAAUGACCGA